AUGGCACGGCUUUCUGCAACUCUGCUCACAUUUUGCCUUCUGCUGUCUAUCGGUGUGCACAGUCAGUCUCAAAGCAAAGACAAGUGCACGUAUCAGGGAGAUGAGGAUACUCUCAGCUUUUACCAGGGGGGAGAUGUCGUUUUGGGGGGGCUUUUUCCACUGCAUUUCAGCCCUGUAUCAUCAGAUUUAUCAUUCAGGACCAAGCCAAAGCCAACAGAAUAUAAAUUCUUUACCCCUCGAGCACUGAGGUGGAUGCAGACGAUGAUAUUUGCUGUUGAAGAAAUAAACCAGCAGCAGGACUUAUUGCCAAAUCUAUCGCUUGGUUACCACAUCAGAGAUAGCUGUGAUGACAUACCUGUAUCUGUUAAAAGAUCUCUCCUCCUGGUCAAUGGACAGCCAGAGAGAGGCAGAGAGGGACAAGACUGUCAAGACACACAAAAGCAGCCCAGUCCUGUGAUUGUGGGAGAUGCUGCAUCAGGAAUAUCCAUGACUGUUUUGAGAACUCUGGGCUCCUUCAAAAUACCUUUGGUGAGCUACUUUGCAUCCUGCUCCUGUCUCAGUAACAAGAGAGAGUUUCCAGCGUUCAUGAGGACAAUGCCAAGUGAUGUCUUUCAAAUAAAGGCUCUAGUAAAACUGGUCCAUUAUUUUCAAUGGACAUGGGUCGGGGUGAUUGGUGUGUAUUUUGACUAUGCUCGCUUUGCCAUUCAGCUCUUCCUGAAAGAAUCAGAAAGAUUUAAUAUUUGUCCUGCUUAUGUUCACUUUUAUCCUGUUGCGCUGGUUCAAGAUGCAGUAAAGGAGCUUGUGGACAUUUUAAAAUCCUCUUCUGCCACAGUCAUACUAAACUUCUCUGGAGAAUCAGAAAUGCAUAGUAUCCUAAAAGAGUGCAGACGACAAAAUGUGACACAUCUUCAGUGGAUUGCUAGUGAGGCCUGGGCCACAUCACAAGUUCUUUGGGAGGAUUUUUGUGAUUUUUUAAAGGGAACAUUGGGUUUUGCCAUAAGAAGGGCUGAUAUUCCAAAUCUUGGCAGUUACCUCAAAACUGUAAAUGUUCCAGUUGCACAAACUUUCCAUUUUCUUUCUGAUUUUUGGGAAGAGACUUUCCAUUGUCGGAUAAAGGGGUCUUUAAAUACUCAUGUACAUGGAGAGGAUGCUCAGAACUGGCCACCCUGCAAUGGCAGUGAGAGUCUGGAUGAUGUGUACACUACUUAUUCAGAUGUUUCACAACUCAGAGUCUCUUACAAUGUUUACAAAGCUGUAUAUCUCAUAGCUCAUGCACUACAUGUCAUGAGCACAUGUAUCCCAGGAAAGGGCCCUUUUCAGAACGGGACAUGCGGGAGUCUAAAUCCCAUUCUGCCAUGGCAGCUUCUGUACUACAUGAAGCGAACAAAUUUCAGAACAUUAGGGGAAGAGGUGAGAUUUGAUGACAAUGGUGACCCAAUUGCAUCCUAUGAUCUGAUGAACUGGCAAAGAGGAUCUGACGGCUCCCUUCAGCUGGUGAAGCUGGGUUUCUAUGAUGCAUCCCUGGAAGAGGACAAGGACCUAAUAAUAGAUGAGCCAAUAAUUAAUUGGCACAGAGGAGAGAAGGCACCAGAAUCACUGUGCAGUAAAAGCUGUCUGCCAGGCUCCAGGAAGGCCAGGCAAAAAGGAAAGCCAAUCUGCUGCUUUGACUGUAUACCAUGUGCAGAUGGAGAAAUCAGUAAUCAAACAGACUCAAUAGAUUGCCUGACAUGUUCAAAGGAGACAUGGCCAAACCAAGCCCAAGACCAGUGCAUUCCCAAGACUUUAGAGUUUUUGUCUUUCCAGGAGCCCUUGGGAAUAGUUCUGUGGUCAGUUUCAGCACUCGGGGCCUUUACAACAUUAGCAGUGCUUGGUGUGUUUAUAAAGUACAGAAAGACCCCAGUCAUACGAGGGAAUAAUAUGGAACUAAGUUUGCUUCUCCUCCUGUUCCUCUCCGCAUGUUUUCUGAUAAGUCUGACAUUUAUAGGAAAGCCCACUGACUGGCUAUGCCGGAUUCGGUAUCCAGCUUUUGGAAUCAGCUUUGCUCUCUGUAUCUCAUGCAUUCUGGCAAAAACUGUUGUUGUUUUAAUGGCAUUCAGGGCCACUCUCCCUGGCAGUGAUGUCAUGAAAUGGUUUGGUCCUGCUCAACAACGAUCAAGUGUAAUCUUGUGCACUUGUGUACAAGCACUUAUUUGCAUUAUAUGGUUAACAACCAAACCACCAUUUGCUUCGCAUAACACCAAGUUCAUGAGUGCAACUUUAAUUGUUGAAUGUACGGUAGGAUCUGAAGUUGGAUUUUGGUGUGUAUUAGGAUAUAUUGGAUUCCUGGCUUGCUUGUGUUUCUUACUGGCAUUUUUGGCCAGAAAACUACCAGAUAACUUUAACGAGGCUAAAUUCAUCACAUUCAGCAUGCUGAUAUUUUUUGCUGUCUGGAUUACCUUCAUUCCAGUUUAUGUGAGCACACGUGGAAAGUAUACGGUCGCUGUCCAUGUCUUCGCUAUUCUAGCAUCUGCCUUUGGUCUCCUGCUGUGUAUAUUUGCUCCUAAAUGUUAUAUUGUAUUACUGAAACCUGAAAAAAAUGACAAAAAGAAUAUGAUGAAAAAAUAA